CGGCAGCUCGGAGCGCUACGAAUCGCUGUACGUCGACCGUUCUGGCCGUGGUAAGCUCUCUCUGAAACCAUCCAUGGUCUCAGACCCGGGCAUCCGUUUCGCUAUAUCUCUGCUCUUCUUCGCUCGUCAGCACAGGCAACGGUGCUCAGAACAAGCUUACCAAUCUAUAAUUAACGCUUGUCUUGUACAAGGGGAGAUUAUCGUCGCCUCUCUGCUUUUUGUUAUCUUGGUGAAGGAUUGGGAGGUCCGACGAAAUAUGGCAGCGCGUCUCAGAGGACAAAUUCAAGAGGAAGAGGAUGCACAGAACGUGGAAUUAUCUCAAGAGAAGCGGAAGGAUCUUAGGAGUCGUUUGACUUCUACCUUGUCCGAAGUAGGGAUCUCGCCCAAUCAAUUUGUGGCUCCUAUGUUACAACAUAUCGAAGUGGACAUGCUGCGAGAUCCCUACGAAGAGUCAAGUCAACCUCUUCGCCGCGCGUCUUUACAAGCACUUGCUAAUUUUGCCGGG